UCCUCUCCGCUGAGCUCGUAGUUUGAGUUGAGUUGAGUUGAGUUGAUUCAGCCGAGGAUACAAAUUUUGUUGUUUGAAAAAUGGAAUUUCCAAAACCUCAAGUACCUACAAACCCUCUCUUAUCCCUCUCAACCUUCAUCCACCAAAACUGCCUCCGCCUCGGCUCUGAAUUGUCCAGCCGCUUCGAUGACACGAAACGCCUAGCCGCAUCCUUGACCGCGAGGCUUCACCGUCAAUCUCUACCGCCGUUUGCAUUUCUCUCACAGCCCAAGCAGGCCGUUGCUGCUACACUCAGCUCCGAAUUUGUCGCGAAAACCCUUGCCGGCACGGCAGUGUAUACUGUUAGCAAUGCUAAUAAUGAGUUUGUGCUUAUUUCGGAUCCAAAUGGAGCCAAGUCCAUUGGCUUGCUUUGCUUUCGACGGGAAGAUGCCGAGGCAUUUCUUGCUCAGGUACGGUUGCGAAAGAGAGAGCUUCGAAGCGCGGCUAAGGUUGUUCCCAUUACUCUUGACCAGGUUUACAUGUUGAAGGUUGAAGGAAUUGCAUUCCGUUUUUUGCCUGAUCCAGUUCAGAUAAAGAAUGCAUUAGAGCUGAAAGCAAUUGAUAUGAGGACUGGCUUUGAUGGAGUUCCUGUUUUUCAGUCAGACCUUCUGGUUGUGAGGAAGAAAAACAAGCGUUAUUGCCCAGUAUUUUUCCAAAAGGAAGAUAUAGAAAAAGAACUCUCAAAAGUUUCUAGGGCGUCAAGAGGAUCUGGUGUUUCUCAACAUAUAAUGGUUGGAAGUUUGGAAGAUGUUCUAAAGAAAAUGGAGAUGAGUGAGAAGAACUCUGGCUGGGAAGAUCUGAUUUUCGUUCCACCUGGUAAAACCCAUUCACAACACAUCCAAGAGGUGGCAAAAGUAUGAGUUGGUGGAUUUUUCAAUUCAACUGACCCUAUGAAAUGAACUGAAAGGAGAGAGCAAAGUGAUAUAUCCAUUCCAGGCUGAUGGCAUUUCAGGUCAGCAAUUAUGUCUGAUCAAUGAAUAUCCUCUGAUCUCACUUCUCUUUUGACUGUCAUUUAAAGAAAUUUUUCAUUGACAGCCACUGGAGUAGCACUAAGAUACAAGGAAUGGGAUACAUUUUCAGUUGAAAACAAUAAAUAAAUCAAAAAGUGAAUCAACUAACUUUCAAUUAAAUGAAAGAGUGAAAUGCCAUUGUUCCAUUGUUGGAUCAUGGAAACUUGAUACAAUGCACGUAGCAGUAUUGUUAGAUCAUUCUUCAUGCAAUUCAUCCUUUUAAGAUCAGAACUGUUUUACUGUGAAUUGACUACAUGAAUGUUAAUUAUUCCCCGGAUGUUGCCCAAGAUGAAAAUGGAAUUGUUUUUGCAGCGUUUUA